AUGGUUUUACAUGAUAAUACAGGAAUUGUUCGCUUAAACCUUUAUGAGCGUCCUUCUAGCGGUGUAAAGUGUGACCACCUAGCAAGUUGUGAAAUCAAGAUGAGGCAUUGUGAAGAUGAUUCAACAAUAAUGUGGGCAAUAGGACCUGAUUAUAGUGCAAUAGCAAAACAUGCGAAGUUUUGUGGAGAUGAAGUUGAAAUGGUUGUCCCAUUUGAGGGUACCAACUCAGCAGAGUUAAAGGUGAAGAUUGUAGUAAAAGAGUGGCAGUUUUCUGAUGGUUCACAUAGCUUGAACAACCUCCGUGCUAAUUCUCAACGAUCACUUAUUGGAUCAUCAACUCUUCUGUCAAAAACUGGAAGGAAACUUAAGAUAACAAUUGUAGAAGCAAGGGAUCUCGUUACGAAAGACAGAUCUGGAAAAGUUAGUCCAUACGUCAAAUUGCAAUAUGGAAAGGUUGGUAAGAGAACAAAGGUUGCUCCUCCUACUACUACAAAUCCUUCCUGGAAUGAAUCAUUUGAUUUUGAUGAGAAUGAUGGUGAUGAAUACCUAAAUGUAAAAUGCUUCAGUGAAGAAAUUUUUGGAGAUGAAAAUAUUGGUACUGCAAAUGUAAAUUUGGAAGGACUGGGGGACGGGUCAAUCAAGGAUGAAUGGAUCCCACUUGAAGGAGUGAGUUCUGGUGAAUUAAGACUUAAAAUUGAAGUAGUUAGGGUUGAGGACCAAGAAGGAUCAAGGAAUUCAGCCAAUGGUUGGAUAGAACUUGUUGUGAUUGAAGCAAGAGACCUUAUUGCUGCCGAUCUUCGAGGGACAAGUGAUCCUUAUGUGAGGGUGAACUAUGGGAACUUGAAGCGGAGGACAAAGGUUAUACACAAAACACUCAAUCCUCGUUGGAACCAAACCUUAGAGUUCCUUGACGAUGGUAGUCCCCUGACACUGCAUGUUAGGGACCAUAAUGCUUUACUACCCACAUCAAGUAUAGGGGAAUGUGUUGUAGAAUAUCAAAGGUUACCUCCAAACCAGAUGUCUGACAAAUGGAUACCUCUCCAAGGGGUUAAAAGUGGCGAGAUACACAUCCAAAUUACCAGAAAAGUUCCAGAAAUGCAAACAAAAAGUUCCCUAGACUCUCAACCAUCUUCUUUAAGUAAAUCACAUCAAAUUCCUACCCAGAUGAGAGAGAUGUUGAAAAAGUUUCGAUCAUUAAUAGAGGAUGGAAAUCUUGAAGGACUGACAUCAACUUUGAGCGAGUUAGAAAGUCUAGAGGAUACAAUGGAAGGGUACGUAGCACAGCUGGAGACCGAGCAAAUGCUUCUUCUCAGCAAAAUAAAUGAACUGGGUCAAGAGAUCCUCAAUUCUUCUUCUUCCCUCUCUAGCAGUCCUUCUCAAAAUGGAAAUUAA